AUGGCCUUGUUUGAUUUGGAUGGACAUCUUAUUCCAUAUUCACAUCCAUUAUGGAGUGAGCUAAGCAAUAUGUUAAAUAAAAAAAUUACAGCUCAUACCCUCUAUUCAUGUGUUCAGCAAGAUCGUCAUGAAUUGCAGACGAAACUCAGAGAAAUUGUAAAGAAGCCUCUUGCAGUUGAGUUCAAAGCUAUUAUGUCUGAUGAAAAUGAUAAUUCAAAUGAUAAUAAAUAUUCAACAGAUUCUGAUGAUGAAAAAAAUGAUUUUUAUGAUAACAAAAAGUUCUAUGGUUUUGAUAUUCCAUAUCGAGAGUAUAUCAAAAUUAGCCCAAUAGAUGUUUCAUACGGAAAGAAAAAUUUCAAAAAAAUGUACACAGUUUUGAAGCAAGGGGUAUGGACCAACAUUAUUAAUGACUGGUUCAUAAAAAGUUGUAGCAUUUCCUGUAACAUAAUUUAUAAAAGAUGUCGGGUAGCAAAUGAUGUAAAUAAGGCAAAACAUUUCAUUGACUUUUCAGGAAAAUGUAAAGAUUGUUUGGCGGUAGUAGUAGGCUGGGCAGAAAAAAGGCCUGAUGAAGGUAUGCCACUAGUUGUAAAAAUAAUGAUAAGGUAUGGACAUGCUGCAUGA